AGAAGUGCAAGAAGAAACUAUUAGGUGGUGUAAAGAGCGUGGUGGUAUUGUCAAGUCACAACAUGGUCCAUUUAAGCAGUUAAGUGGACCCAGGCCUUAUCCUCUCGUGCGAGCCCACAAAUACCGUUGUGUGGCGCGCGCAUUUUCUCCUGUAUAACGAACUUGCAAUUGCAAUUGCAAGUGGAUGAAUCAUCACAGCGACAACAAAACACCCAAAACCCAACUUUUGCUUUCUUCUGCAAGUUUCCAAAACCAAGUGGACUCUUCAGUUCUUUGAGAUCAGAAUGAGAUUGCGCGCGACGUUGUCGUUUUAGCACCAUUCAUGGCUUACUACGAUUCUGCGCCUUCUGUCCCUCUCCUAUGGAACUUCUCUCAAGUACUCGGCCAACAACUUCCCAACGAGCCUCUCCAGAACGACGACAUCAUAACAACCAUUGCUUUCGAUAAGCUCGGCGAUCAUCUCGCCGUUGGCGAUCGAGGUGGACGCGUUGUAAUAUUCGGAAGAGACGAUCGGAAAAAGAAUGUUUCGAGUAACCGAAGGGAUCUGGAGCAGCGGGGUUUCGUCUCGCAGCAUCCCGAAUUUCGUUACAAGACAGAAUUUCAGAGCCACGAACCCGAGUUUGAUUACCUAAAGAGUGUAGAAAUUGAAGAGAAGAUUAACAAAGUAAGGUGGUGGAUGACCCACGACAGUUUGCAAUUUAUUCUUUCAACCAACGAUAAAACAAUUAAAUUGUGGAAGGUUAAGGAGCAUAAGGUGAAACAAGUUAAAGAAAUGGCCCCUCCUUUGUGCUCAGAAAAUAUGCUUUUGGCGGAAAGUAGUUUCGUACCAGGGCUGGAAACCAAGUCUGCUGCUAAUGGCUAUCGUUUGGAAUGGAUAGAGAAGAUGCCUCAGAAUCAUUUGCCGCCUCAGGACGUUGAUAGCGAGAUUGGUGGAAUGGAAGACCCUUUUCGCGCAAAGCGCCAAAAGGUGUAUGCUUAUGCUCACAGUUUCAAUAUUAACUCCAUCUCAAAUAAUAGUGAUUAUGAGACCUUUGUGUCGGCAGACGACCUUAGAAUCAAUUUGUGGAAUCUUGAGGUCAGUGAUCAGUGUUUCAACAUUAUUGACAUGAAGCCAUCAAACAUGGAGGACCUUACCGAGGUCAUAACAUCAGCUGAAUUUCAUCCUUUACAUUGUAACCUCCUUGCAUAUAGCAGCUCACAAGGUUUAAUUCGUCUAUCUGAUUUGCGACAUUCAGCAAUAUGUGACCAUGCUUCUAGAAUAUUUCAACAUGGAGAGAGUUAUGGAUCAAAGUCAUUUUUCACAGAAAUCACUUCUUCCAUCUCAGACAUAAAGUUUUUAAAUGAUGGCCAGCAUCUUCUAAGUCGCAAUUACAUGAAUAUGAAGCUUUGGGACAUGCGUAAGGAGUCAUCUCCAGUCGCAAUAUUCAAAAUUCACGAGCAUCUGCGUCCUAAGUUGCCAGAGCUAUAUAAUAACGACUGCAUAUUUGAUAAAUUUGAGUGCUGCUUUAGUGGUGAUGGACUCCAUUUUGCAACUGGUUCUUAUAGCAAUAUCUUGCGGAUAUUCUCCCCAGGUUCUGGAAGAGAGGAAGGGAUUAAACUAGAAAUUAGAGGAAAUUCUAAUAGGAAGGCUAUUCGCCAAUCUAAGUCAAGGGCUAGAAGGUCUUCUCUAAGCAGCAUAAUGCCUCGUGGAAUUUACCAUCACGCCCACGUUGAUUCAGAGUCUAGCAGCAUUGACUCUCUUUGUAAUUUAAGAUCCAAGCUGCUACAAGUAGCUUGGCAUCCCACAUGCAAUCUAGUUGCAUGUGCUGUUGAAAGUAGCCUAGUCUUGUACUAUGCUUAAGUUGUGCCUUGUACAUUUUAUUUGUAAAAUCAAGUCCAUACUCCAUAUGUGCUCCAUAAUAGAGAAUUCUUUAAAAGCAACCUCGUUUCCCAACUAAAAUUCUUUCAAAUAAUACAUUCAAGCGGGUA